AGAGAGAGAGAGAGAGGGAGAGAGAGGGAGGGCGGGGGAGGAGGAGGAGGAGGUCAAGGGCACGAUGUGGGAGUCUUCUGUUGGUUGCGCGCGCACCAGAUUAAGUCCUCUGUUGUCGCUCUACCUGGUGUGGAGAGUGUGGGGAGGGGCGGAAAUAAAGCGAGAUGGUGGUGGUUGCAACUUCGACAAACCAUCGCACCAUCCGUUCCAUGUUUCUGCUCGGUUGGUCCCGGUCCUGGUCCUGGUCCUGGGACUCUGCCCUGCCAUUGCCGCUUUAAGAAGUGCCAUGCGAUGAGGUCAUGUUUCUCUCUCUCUUUCCCUUCUCCCUUCUGCUUCGCUUCUCCUGAUGAUGAUUAGCGAUCGCAUGUUCUUACGAAUCUUUGUCUGCAGCUUAUCUUCGCUUCUAUGCCCAGCCCUAAUUAUGUCCAUGCAGGAUUAGAUAACAGUGCUCAAUCUGGUACUGUUGUGGGAGUUAUAGAAUAAUCGUUUUUGGGUCUCGGUAUUUGCAGCCCUAAUCAAGCAUGUGAUAGUGUACACGUAAAUCGCAUGGAAAGGGAAUAACACUAAAAAAUAUAUCCCACUUUGAUCCCUUCCU